GCGUCUUCUCUCUCGUUCACAAUAAAAAAAAAUAUGGGCAUCCGGGUACUUCGCUUCUUCAAGCCUUUUAUGGCUGCCCUUCCUGAGAUAGAGUCUCCUGAUCGUAAAGUUCCUUUCAAUUUCAAGUUGUUAUAUACCGUUAUUACUCUUUUCGCCUACCUUGUUAUGUCUCAACUCCCUCUUUAUGGUGUCGUGUCUUCUGACUCUUCUGACCCUCUUUAUUGGUUCCGCACUGUUUUGGCUUCUAGCCGUGGUACUCUUAUGGAACUUGGUGUUUUACCUAUUCUUACUUCUGGUAUGGUCUUGCAACUCUUAGCCGCUUCCAAUGUUAUUCAUGUCGAUUACAGUUUGAAAGAAGACCGCUCUUUGUUUUGCGGUGCUCAAAAAUUGUUUGCUGUUUUGAUUGCUAUUACUCAAGCUACUCUUCUUGUCUUCACCGGUCUUUAUGGUAAUCCUAUUGAAAUUGGUACUAUUCGUUGUGGUUUGCUUAUCCUUCAACUUGUCUUUUCAUCCUAUGUCACUAUUCUUUUGGACGAAUUAUUGCAAAAGGGUUAUGGUAUGGGAUCUGGUAUCAAUAUCUUUGUUGCUGCCAAUGUCUGCCAAACUAUCUUUUGGAAAGCCUUGUCCUUCUCCACCAUUGCAACCAUUCGUGGUAAUGAAUAUGAAGGUGCCCUUAUUUCUCUCUUCCACUUGAUCAGUUCUCGCAAAGAUAAGGCUCGUGCUCUCAAGGAUGCCUUUUAUCGUUCUGAUUUAACUAAUGUAAUGAGUGUUAUGGCUACACUGGCUACUUUUGCUUUUGUGAUUUAUAUUCAAGGCUUCCGUAUUGAACUUCCCGUCAAGUCUAACCGUCUUCGUGGUCAACGCGCCAACUAUCCUAUCAAGUUCUUUUACACCUCUAGCAUGCCUAUCAUGCUUCAAACUGCCUUAUUUGCCAAUGUUUUCUUGUUCUCUCAAACUGUGUAUACUUACUUUGGUAGCAACUUGCUUAUUCGCGUGCUUGGCGUUUGGGAACCUGUCAAUACUGAAUCUAACCAACUCAUUCCCACUGGUGGUCUUGUCUAUUAUAUUUCUACUCCCCGUAGCUUGACUGAAGCCAUCUUUGCUCCUGUCCACACUGCUGUUUAUGUAUCCAUCACUCUUAUUAUCUGUGCUUACUUUUCAAAGGUUUGGGUUGACAUUUCCGGUUCUUCAUCUCGUGACGUUGCCAAGACUCUUAAAGAUCAACAACUUACCAUUGCUGGUUUCCGUGAUGUCUCCAUGUACAAGGAACUGCAACGUGUUAUUCCUGUUGCUGCCUCUUUUGGUGGUGCCGCCUUGGCUAUUAUUGCUGUCAUUGCUGAUAUUUUCGGCGUUAUUGGUUCAGGCGCAGGUAUUUUGAUGUGUGUCAUGAUCAUCUUCCAAUACUUUGAAAUGUUUGUGAGAGAGCAAAUGGAAGGCAACAUGACAAUGGAAGCUAUGAUGGCAGGUCAAUAGAUUUUAGAUCAACUUAAUUGAUAUAUGCAGCUUGUCCCCUCUUGUUUUAUAGUUCUAUUUUUCCUAUUUCUUUUUGUAUCUAUAUAAAAAAUCAUUAUCUUAUUCGGACAUAUAUAAACUUUAUGUAAAAGAACAAUAUCAUAUUCUCGGAAGAUAAUCUCGAAACUGUCAAACUCUAGCAAAACUAAACGAAAGCGUAUGUAUGUGAAGGAUUUUUUUUCAAUUAUAAAUUCGU